AUGUCUGACGUUGCCGAGACCAAGCCCGACCCCGCCAUCGCUGCUCCCGAGCAGACUAAACCCGAGACCACCACCGGCGAGGGCGAGAAGUCUACCACCGAGGCCGUUGCUGAGACUGCCACUGAGACUGCUGAAAAGGCCGCCGACACCGCCAAGGAUGCCGCCGUGAAGACCUCUGACACCAUGUUCUCCAUGUUUGGUGGCGGCCCCAAGAAGGAGAAGAAAGAGGAGGAGGAGCCCACCGAUGAGCCCUCCGGCUCUUCUAAGGCCCAGAAGGCCGACGACGAGGAUGAGGUUGAGGAGUCCGCUGACGUCCACUUCGAGCCCGUCAUUCGCUUGACUGAGAAGGUGGAGACCAAGACCAACGAAGAGCUUGAGGAGCAGACCUUCAAGAUGCGCGCCAAGCUGUUCAAGUUCGACCGUGAUUCCAAGGAGUGGAAGGAGCGUGGUACUGGUGAUGUCCGUUUGUUGAAGCACAAGGAGAACCACAAGACCCGCCUUGUCAUGCGCCGCGACAAGACCCUCAAGGUCUGCGCCAACCACUACAUCGUUCCCGACAUGAAGCUCAGCGCCAACGUCGGCAGUGACCGCAGCUGGGUCUGGAACGCCGCCGCCGAUGUCUCCGAGGGUGAGCCCGAGGCUCAGACCCUGGCCAUCCGUUUUGCCAACAGCGAUAACGCCAACGCCUUCCGCGAUGCUUUCGAGACUGCCCAGCAGGAGAACGAGAAGCUCUUCAACGCUGAGGAGUAA